AUGAAGCAAUGGAUCAUGAAAAUCGACAAAGAUGAAGAGAAGCGCUCGUUCGUGUGCCAUAUUGAAAGACCAGAUAAGGCGACAUACCUCUACUUUAUGAAAUGGACCGCCACCAUGAGUCACCUGGGAUCCGUGGAAGUCCAA